CUGUUUCAACACAAUUUUGAUCGCAACACUUGGAUUUUACAAGAUUUCAUUAUGAGUUAUCUUGCGGUUGCUUUCGGUCUUCUGGUUUUUGUUAGCCAACUAUCGGAUUUUGUUGGUGGUGCUGAUCUAAGUGCAGCAUUAGCACGUGCGCAUGCAGCAAACAAAGAGGAACAGCAAGCAGACUUUGCGGGCGGUGAUAAAUGUAAUCCAAACACUCUGAAGUACCAAUACGAUCAUGAUGAAAGUGAAUAUGAACAAGACGAUUGCUACUAUUAUGAAUGUACAUCCGCGAAGAAGUUUGAGAGAAUGCCAUGUCCUGAUGGAAUGGGAGUUACCGAUCUGUUUAAAGAUAAAUGGAACAAUUACGGCAUGGGGCAGACAUACAAACCCUGCACUAAAGCCAAUUCUGAGUGCACGAGAAGUCUGGCUGACAAAGGCAUCACUGACAUAAAAAUCCCGAUUUGUGGUCUUGAUUUCGUAUUUGCCGUCGACAUUUCAUGUAGCAUUAAUCCAGACGACAAGGAAAAAGUGCGUAGAUUUCUGGAGUCUGUUGUAAGACGUAUUCCAGUGCGUCCACCGUUCUCACAGGUCGGCAUUAUUUUGUUCUCGAAGACUGUCUACGAUAUUGCUCAGCUCAACUCCUUCGUUCGUCGUGGACAACUUUUAAAAGUAAUUAAAGAAAUGGAAAUGACACCAAAGGAAUGUGCCACAGCAACAUAUCUGGCCCUCAAAUACGCAAGAGAAGUUACCUUCAACGAACAGAACGGUGCUCGCAAAGGCAAGAAGAAAGUGUUAAUUGUCGUUACUGAUGGAAUGACCUAUCCCGUGGAUAAGAAAAAUGAAACAUUGAAUAUGGCUAGAGCCAACAUAAGAGCGAACAUAACAUCAUAUGUAGUUGCAUGCCCCAAUUUAAAAGCAGGAGGAUUGAUUGGACACGACGAAUGGAACAAAAUCGCAACUGGCAAUGAUCCAGAUCCAGUAGGCGUCAUGGAUCCAAAUGUAUUUGCACUUGAUACUUUUGAUCAACUCAGAGAAAUCAUCAAUGAAAUCGUCAACAAAGCUUGCAUGACGAUGUAAAAAUGAAAAUGACACUUGUGCAGUUGGAUCUGAAGAAAAUACGAAACUUGUUAACGUAACAAAAAUUAUUUGAUGAAAGACGUUUUUGAUGUUUUGUGUAUCUCAUUACAAUAUCGGAC